UUACAAUGAUAAUUAAUAACACAGCAAUCAAUGUGAAUCACAAAACAAAGCUUAAAACACAAGAAUACCAGUAACCAGUCAAAAUAUCUUAAUCGCGUAGUUUAUAAUCAUAGGAAUAUAUGUGUAUAUAUAUAUAUGCAUAGUGGUUAGUUCUUAUUAUUUUGAUGUUGUUGUUACCUAUACAGUCAUAGUUUAACCGACAAGUCGUUAUUAGUAAUUGUCUCUCUUUCGAGAUCAACUUCUCAGCGAGACGUCUCAACCGGAUCUUUCGCUUCUGUUGGGCUAUUUUUGGGAUUUAAUUUUUAGUCAUAGCUAAAAUUUUCCGCGUUUUCUGUAGAAUGCGCGGGGAAUGAAUUUUAUCGGUAUGAGAACGCCCAGGUAUUUUUAGCCGAGUGUACUAUUAUAAGCAAAAUGUUCAUAUGCGUUGAACCGACGCGUUUUGCAUCACCGCAAAUCCCCUCUACACCUAUCGUGCGGGCGUCGCGACGCCGGAUGUAGUCGUCUAUUUAAACCCUGGCCGAAACCUGGCUUGUAUUACAGUCAGAUAUUCGCUCAUUUUCUUCCUCCUCGCUCUUCAAGUUCCAUUGAAACCGGUGUUUUUACCUUUUUUGAACCCAUAAUCUAAUCAAAUCGCGUUUCAAGUGUUGCGCGGUUAUUUCGCACGGAAUUUUUAAUCGUCAACCACCCGCCACCUCCCCUCUGCACGAUGUCAGUCGUUCCUCUGAUGUUCAGAGAUUGGUGGGACGAUCUUGAUCGCCCCACGUCGCGCCUGAUAGACCAACAUUUUGGAAGCGGCCUGGACCGGGAAGAUCUGCUCUCAGGGCUGUCGAGCCUGAGUCUGGCGAGGCAAAGGCCGGUAUUCGGCAGCCCGGGAUACUACAGACCGUGGCGGAACAUCGUGAGGCAAAAUUCGGGGGGUGCAAGCACCGUCCAAGCCGACAAGGAAAAGUUUCAGGUGAUACUUGACGUGCAACAAUUUUCGCCGGAUGAAAUAACGGUCAAGACCGUCGACAAUAACGUUGUUGUCGAGGCGAAACACGAGGAGAAGCAGGAUGAGCACGGCUACAUCAGCCGGCACUUUGUCAGGCGUUAUCUCCUUCCACCGACCCACGAAGUAUCCGACGUUACCUCGAGCUUAUCUUCGGACGGUGUUCUCACUAUUACUGCUCCAAAGAAGUCCCUUGCCGCACCCGGGACGGAGAGAGUAGUAAACAUCGUUAAAACCGGAGUACCUGCCGCAAAGCCAGAGGAACAGAAGAGCAGCUAACCGCGAAAUGGAACAAAUUAUUAUGCCCAGCACAAAUACGUCGUGCAAGUUAUUACUGUAAAUACAAUUAUGUCCUAAAUUUAAAACUAUGUGAAAAAUUUCAUUGCUGGACUUAACGCUCCAGUACGAGCACGUUUAGACCAAUGUAUGUACACCUGAUUUAUAUAAUUAAAAACGUAAUUCUGAAUUGAGUAAAAAUAAAGGUAAUCUUAAGUAUAUCGUAUACCAAAAAUCAUAUUAACCUGAGGCUCGACGGACCGCCGCUGUGCCCGCGCUGUCGUCUUUUCACAUCGUAACGUCGAUGAUAUCGUCUCCCACUGUCAGGUGUAAUAAAAUGAAUUUU